AUGUCUCACUCUAAUAAUCCUUUUUUGAUGGCCGCCAGCGUGCCAGACAUUCACAUUGUGCCUCCCGUGGGGGAGCAGACCCCGCCUCCGCUGCCACCAUUGCCUUCACGGCCCGCAACGCCCAACUCGCCCUCAAAUUCGCUCAUCUCUGAGGAGGAGGUCCUUGCAAACAUGCCCCCAUCGCCAAAGUACACUGAAAUGCCAUCGCCAGGCGAAAUCAGCAUACCUAAUAACCAGGCAAUUGACCCGUUGUCCAUUAAUGACACCCGCCCCACGGCUGAUCCACCAGCGUACUCAGAGUCGUCUUCAGAAGUGGCGUCUUUGGCGAAUACACUGCCAUUGGCAGACGACGAGAACCCACCCCCACCUCCACAGAGGCCGCCUCAACGCCCACCUAGGCCUUCACGGCGUGCUCACUCAACGUCGCCAGGGCGAUCGCGGUACCAGCGCCCUUAUGUGCAGCCUCCUAGCCAGCCACCACGGCCAUUGCAUCCAAUCUAUGCACCGCCACCCACGCAAUUUUUGGGGACCACCAUUUCUUCUCCAAAUAGGUCCCCAUCGCCAACGUUACCCCCACGUAAUUACCAUUAA